AUGUUGUUUGAAGCAUACUUGUUUGUAAUUUUAAAUGUUUUUCUUUUUAAACAGUGCAACUCCCAAACGACGCAAAAUCUAAACAUUCUGUUCGUCAAUGAAGAAGGAAAUGAAGUAGCGGAUAAAGCUUUGGAUGUCGCCUUAACUUAUUUAAAAAAGAACAGUAAACUUGGAAUAAGCGUCGAUUUAAAAAGAGUUGUUGGCAAUAGAACCGAUUCAACAGCGUUUUUGGAUACACUAUGCACAACUUACAACGAAAUGUUAGAAGGCAAGACGCCUCCGCACUUGGUUUUGGAUACUACUAUGACAGGUCUAGGAUCAGAAACAGUAAAAUCUUUCACAGCAGCCUUAGCCUUACCAACUGUAAGUGCUUCUUUUGGCCAAGUAGGUGAUUUGAGACAAUGGAGAAAUAUAGAUGAUAACGAGAAGAAGUAUUUGGUACAGAUAAGUCCUCCUGCUGAUUUAAUACCUGAAAUCGUUCGGACUAUUGUUUUAAAUCAAAAUAUUACAAAUGCUGCAAUUCUCUUUGAUCAUUCUUUUGUGAUGGAUCAUAAAUACAAAUCGCUUCUUCAAAACGUAGCCACAAGACAUAUCAUUACUCCGAUAAAAGAUGGCAACGAAGUUGUAGAUCAGUUAAAUCAACUUAGGAAAUUAGAUUUGCUGAACUAUUUUAUUUUGGCAAGUUUAAGUAACAUUAAACGAGUCUUGGAUGCUGCGGAUACUCUUUCAUUUUUUAACAGAAAAUUUGCGUGGCAUGCAAUAACCCAAGACGAUGGUGAAAUUAAAUGUGUUUGCCGAAAUGCCACAAUAUUAUUCGUCAAACCUUUACCGAACACUACGUAUCAGGACAGACUAGGUACGAUGCAGAGGACUUACCAAUUAAAUACGGAACCAAUAAUAGCUUCAGCAUUUUAUUUUGAUCUAUCUCUUCAUUCCUUUAUAGCGAUUAAAGAACUUAUUGCUGAUGGAGUUUGGAAAAAUGCUGUGACAAAUUAUAUAACGUGUGAUGAAUAUAACGGUAACAACAGCCCAAAAAGAAUUGGUUUGGAUUUAAAAAAAUAUUUUAACAAGGAAAAUUCGGAAAUGUUUACUUACGGCCCUAUUACUGUUGAGUCAAAUGGUAUGAGUUUUAUGGAUUUCCAAAUGGUGCUAUCAUCCGUAGGAGUUAGAGAGGGAGCUUCAGAUAAAUCCAUGUCUUUAGGAACUUGGAAUGCAGGUUUCGAUAAUAAUUUAACUCUCGUUGAUCCAAAAGCCAUGGUUAAUUUAACGGCAGAUGUUGUCUACAGAAUUGUAGUAGUUGAGCAACAACCAUUUAUCUUCAGAGAUGAAACUGCCCCAAAACAGUUUAAUGGCUAUUGUAUCGACCUGAUAAAUAAAAUAGCAGAAAUUUUAAAUUUUGAUUAUGAGCUUAUAGCUGUCGAUAAAUUUGGUACUAUGGACGAAAACGGUAAAUGGGAUGGUAUGGUUAAAGAGCUAAUUGAAAAGAGAGCAGAUGUAGCAUUAGGUUCGAUGUCAGUUAUGGCGGAAAGGGAAAAUGUUAUCGAUUUUACAGUACCUUAUUAUGAUCUGGUAGGAAUAACAAUUUUAAUGAAGUUACCUGAAACACCAACAAGCUUAUUCAAAUUUUUGACAGUAUUGGAAGACGAUGUAUGGUUAUGUAUAUUAGCAGCAUAUUUUUUCACAAGUUUUCUAAUGUGGGUAUUCGAUCGAUGGUCCCCAUACAGCUAUCAAAACAACCGCGAGAAGUACAAGGACGAUGAAGAAAAAAGAGAAUUUAACUUAAAGGAGUGCCUCUGGUUUUGCAUGACAUCGUUAACACCACAAGGAGGCGGAGAAGCACCGAAAAACUUAUCUGGAAGAUUAGUAGCGGCGACAUGGUGGUUGUUUGGAUUCAUUAUCAUUGCUUCGUACACUGCUAAUUUAGCCGCCUUCUUGACAGUAUCACGAUUGGACACUCCAAUAGAAUCUCUGGAUGAUCUCUCUAAACAAUAUAAAAUUCAAUAUGCACCUUUGAAUGGAUCUGCUGUUCAGACGUAUUUUGAAAGAAUGGCUAAUAUUGAGGCAAGAUUUUACGAGAUUUGGAAAGAUAUGAGUCUCAACGACAGUUUGACAGAGGUUGAAAGGUCAAAACUCGCCGUUUGGGACUAUCCUGUAAGUGACAAAUAUACUAAAAUGUGGCAAGCGAUGAAAGAAGCUGGAUUACCUAAUACCUUGGACGAAGCUGUGGGAAGAGUGAGAAGUUCUAAGUCAUCCAGUGAAGGAUUUGCCUAUCUUGGUGAUGCUACUGAUAUAAGAUACCUUGAAAUCACGAAUUGUGACCUUACUACUGUCGGUGAAGAAUUUUCUAGAAAACCAUAUGCAAUUGGUGUUCAACAAGGAUCGCCAUUAAAGGAUCAAUUUAACACAGCUAUUUUGCAGUUACUGAACAGAAGAGAACUAGAACGACUUAAAGAAAAGUGGUGGAAUAAACAUCCAGAGAAAAAAGAUUGCGAAAAAGUUGAAGAUCAAUCCGAUGGUAUCAGUAUUCAGAAUAUUGGAGGAGUGUUUAUUGUUAUUUUUGUUGGCAUUGGAUUAGCUUGCAUUACUCUAGCUUUCGAAUAUUGGUGGUACAAAUACAGAAAGGGUGGUAGAAUUCUCGAUGUUCAAGAAGCACCACCACCAAACAAAACGACAAAUUUUGCGGGUGAGCUGCCAUUUACCAAAACGAAGUCAUUGGAUAAACCGGGCGUUCAACCUAAAAAUCCCAUGUUUCCGAGGAAUAGGUUUUAA